UGUGAGCGCGCACGUCCUGCCCCGCCUGUUGCUGUUUGCUGCUGCUGCUGCUCUGGGGGCCCGUAGAGCAGGAAGCGGCCUUAGCGAGGUGAGACCGAGUCCGGCCUGCAGGUAUAGAGAAAAUUCUCCAUUUGGACUAACUUGGAAAAUCAAUUUAGGAUUGAAAAAGCAAGAAAACUUUUCUCUCUUCCAGUCUGUGAAUAAAAACGAGGAGGGAGAGGAUGAAAUCUUACCAAUUUUAUAAGUCUGAAGGACUACCCAAGUAAUUUAGGAGACUGGCUCAUUUUCAAGAGACUUAGCUAUGGCAGCCAUUCGGAAAAAGCUGGUUAUAGUGGGUGAUGGUGCCUGUGGAAAGACCUGUCUGCUGAUUGUAUUUAGCAAAGACCAGUUCCCUGAAGUUUAUGUUCCCACAGUGUUUGAAAAUUAUGUAGCAGAUAUUGAAGUGGAUGGAAAGCAGGUUGAAUUGGCCCUGUGGGAUACUGCAGGACAAGAAGAUUAUGAUCGACUUAGGCCUCUGUCAUAUCCAGACACUGAUGUUAUACUUAUGUGUUUUUCAAUUGAUAGUCCUGAUAGUUUAGAAAACAUCCCAGAGAAGUGGACCCCAGAGGUGAAACAUUUCUGCCCCAAUGUGCCUAUCAUCCUGGUAGGAAACAAGAAGGACUUAAGAAAUGAUGAGCACACACGACGGGAGCUGGCCAAAAUGAAGCAGGAGCCAGUCAAACCUGAAGAAGGCAGAGACAUGGCAAACCGCAUUGGUGCAUUCGGGUACAUGGAGUGCUCUGCAAAGACCAAAGACGGUGUGAGGGAGGUUUUUGAAAUGGCCACUAGAGCUGCUUUGCAAGCCCGGCGUGGCAAAAAAAAAUCUGGCUGCCUUCUCUUGUAAAGCAUGGCCAAGGGAAGAUGGCCCAGGCAGCACCCUGCACUUGAUUAAUUUUGAAGUGCUGUUUAUUAAUCUUAGUGUAUGAUUACUGGCCUUUUUCAUUUAUCUAUAAUAAUUUACUUAAGAGAUUUAAAAAUCAAAUCAUCUUGCUACCAAUAUUUAGAAGCCAGCUAUGAUUUUUAUAACAGUCUGCAUCGAAUUAGUCUGUGCACACAAGUAACGUCAACAUUCCUUUAACAAACGUCUGCACGUGCAGUAUGUGCCAGGCGCUAAUUGAAGACAAUUCUCUAACUUCUUGCUUCUUUCUAGAAAGAGGAAAAAGCUGGUAACGCUGAGAAUUGAGCUGUAACUACUUUAUAACUAGUGUACCAUUCAAAUUGGGUACAAGAGCUACAUGGCUGUAUGUGGAGUCCAAAAUAACACCAGUGCUUUCACAUUUUAGGGAGAUUUGAUUUUUCAUGGCUGCAUAGGGUGUAAAACGAUAGUUGGAAACUGUGACCACCCUGAAAUAACAGAUCCCAUCAAGCUAUGAAAAGUGACAGUUCUGUAGUUUCAUGUUAGUUACCUUUUAGUUACCAUUUAAUUAGUGCCACUUAAAUGUAUGGUACCAAAAAUAAAUCUAUAUGCCCCAACCGCAAUGUAGUAUUUUUUGUAUAAUUGGAUUUCCUACUACUGUUACUUGUCAUCCCUGCAUAAGGGUUUUCUGGGGUUUUUUUGUUUUUGUUUUUUUUUAAAGUUUAUUUGAAAAUAAAAUUGAGUGGAAAGCAACUGAUUCCUCCCCCACCUCCCUGUUUAUUUGUAAGUGUCUGACCCAUUUGUAUGGUAUAAAUUCUAAUCUCUGCACCCAGGAAGAGGUUUUUUCUGUGAUCUUCCGGCACCUGCCUUAGGAGCCAGGGAAAGGCAGCCUGUUCACACUCAAGGCAACUGAACAUUUCAGAAGCUUUAAGUUAACAUGCUGGACUCAGCUCAAGGCUAUAAAAAUGCAAGUUCUUUAUGUAUUGCUUGGUUACCACCUGGUGGCCAAACUCCCAUCUGUGAACUUCUUGCUGAUCUGCAGCCAACUAAACUCUUCUUUUCUGUAUUAUUUCUUUUUUCCAACAACUAAUAGAAUAAAGGCAGUUUUCUAAGCUCUUG